AUGUCCGCCCCGCCAUCCUCAAAUCCGGUCACCAAUCCGAAUUCCGUGUCAAAGAAGAAAAGGAAGAACAAGAAGAAGGCCGCUGCUGCUAAAGCGGAAAGCAACGAAGGGUCUCUGGCUGCCAAUGGCACGCCCGGCGUACCGGACGUCGACGUGGAGGACGGGGAUAUCGAGGAGGACGAGCUAGAUUCACCGACAAAAACACUCGCAGACGACGAUGGGGCGGUCGAAGAUGUCGAGGGCGCUGAGCCCGCUGCUCCAGUCCCAGACCCAGACCCAGCGCCAACGAAUUCAACAACCACGACGAACGGCACCCACGAUCCAGCCUCAGAGUACGAAGAACGGUUAGACGCACUGGCGAAAGAGCGAGACAGUCUCCGAGCAGAGGUCACAUCGCUUCGAAAAUCUCUCGAGGACAUCCAGGGCAAGCAUGAAGAACAGGUUUCAGGCCUGCAGGAGCAGCUCGAGGAGUCACAUUCAAGCAAAGAACACGCGGAGUCACAGUAUCGGAACCUGCUUGGCAAGGUCAACACGAUCAAGGCGCAGCUGGGGGAACGGCUGAAGGCGGACGCGGAAGAAAUCUCGCAAGCCCGCGCACAGAUCGAGGAAUUCGAGUCACAAAACGCAAGUCUGCGCGAGGCGAACGAGUCCCUACAGACAAACGUAUCCCGGCUCAGCAGCACCAGCGAGCAGCAAGCGCAAGAAAUUGCCAGCCUACGGAGCCGCGCGAGCUUGUCGCAGCAGAACUGGAUACAAGAGCGAGACGAUCUCAUACAGCGGGAAGCAUACGCUAGAGAAGAGUUCGAGAAUGCCAAGCAAGCGAUGCAGGACUGGGAGGUUCUUGCGAUGGAGGAGCGGUCGUUGCGAGAAAACCUGAGCGAGCGCGUCGCGGAGCUCGAAGAGCAGCUGUCAAUUCAUAGAGAGGCGUAUGAGAAGGCGGCGGCGGAGCGGGAUAGUCAGAAUCUCACUGUGGAUGGGCUGCAGAGGGCAUUGCAAGACAUACAGGAUGCACGCAAACAGGAGCUCCGCGAACUCGUCAAGAACUCCCAGGCUCAACUCGAAGAGCUACGGAAACAGGUACAAGCAGCAGAAGAGACCUCCACCUCAGCUCAAGCGGCACUAGAAACAACGCGUAAAGACCUUGAGAGGGCGUUGCCCUUCGAGAAGGAGGUCAAAGAAAAGAACCUCCUCAUCGGCAAACUCAGACACGAAGCCGUCAUCUUAAAUGAUCACCUGACCAAGGCCUUACGCAUCCUAAAGAAGGGUCGGCCCGAGGACAACGUGGAUAGGCAGAUUGUCACCAACCACCUGCUACACUUUUUAGCGCUCGACCGGUCUGAUCCGAAGAAGUUUCAGGUGCUGCAGCUGAUUGCGGCGCUGCUGGGCUGGAAUGACGAGCAGCGCGAAGCCGCCGGCCUCGCGCGCCCUGGCGCCUCCACAGGCAGCCUCCGCCUGCCACUCUCGCCCUUCCGCCGCACGCCCAGCACGCCGUCGCUGAACACCGAGCUCCUGAUGAACGAUAACAGAAGCGGCAGCGUUAGCACUGAAAGCAAUAAAGAGAGCUUGGCUGAAUUGUGGAGCAACUUCCUCGAGCAGGAGGCGAGAGAAGGGACGGGUGCCUCUAGGAGAGGAAGCUUGGCUAGUGGGAGGGGCGGGAGAGAGCGGUCGGAGGGGCUGUGA